AUGCUAGUUGAACCGAGAUCAGCCACUGAUGCACCGGCCCCCGAUGGGGGCUUUGUUGCUUGGUCUUUAGAUUAUUUCCAAGCAUACUACGAGACUGACUAUCCCUCAUGGACUUCGUCUCAGAUCUCUUGGAUUGGGUCCAUUCAAGCGUUUUUUCUUUUCGGAUUCUCCAUAGUUGCUGGUCUAGUCAUUGACCGUGGAUAUUUGAGAUAUCUUGUUUGGAUAGGAUGCUUCUUGUGCGUACUGGCAACGAUGUUGACCAGUAUCAGCUCUGAAUAUUGGCAUUUCAUACUGGCUCAAGGAGUCAUGUUCGGCAUAGGCAGUGGUUUAUUUAUUCCAGCAUUGCUGUGCUUCCAGCUUAUUUUGACAAGAAACAAGCAUCGGCUUUGGGAGUUGCAGCUUCUGGUAUUUGCAGGAGGCAUGGUCUUUCCAAUAGUCUUCAAUCAUUUGCAACCAAGAAUUGGUUUUGGGUGGUCGAUCUGCGUCGUUGGUUUUAUCAUUCUUUUUGCCGCUACAAUUCCUGUACUCGGAAUACAUGUGCGGACUCCUCCGUCUGCAGUCAGAAAGAUAUUUGAUACAAAAGCCGGGAAAGAACCGCCGUUCUUGGUUACUAGCGCUUACAUCCCGCCUUUCUAUGUUCAAUUAUAUGCUCUCGACACCAAUAUAGUGGGAGGCGACCUUGUUCCUUAUCUUUCCUCUUUACUCAAUGCCGGGUCUUUCUUUGGACGCAUCAUCCCAACCCACUUCGCCGACACCUAUGGUCCAUUUAACAUCGACGUAAUUUGCGUUCUCGUAAGUGGAAUUUUAGCAUUCACCUGGAUAACUAUUCACAGCACGGCUAGCAUGAUUUUAUCCACUAUAUCUUAUGGCUUCUUUUCCGGGGUUUUGACGUCGAUCUAUCCAAAUCUCGGUAUUGCAUUAUCUCCAGAUGCGGGCGUUUUGAGUUUCCGCCUAGGAAUGCUCUUAAUGCCAAUAUCUGCAGGCAUACUAGUCGUAAAUCUAACUGCAGGAGCUCUGGAAUCUUAUGGAUGGAUUUCUCUGCAGAUAUUCACAGCUGCAUUGUUGACGGCCUCGCUCUUGGUGGUUAUUGUUGCUAGAAUUUUAAUGUAUGGUAAGAGCUUGACAAUUAGAUGCUCAAAGACAAAUGUAUGCUGUCACCAUUUCACACCCAGAUAA